CCAAGGAAAAUUCUAAAAAUUGAAAAUUUUCGAAAAUAAUUUAAUUUAUUAAAUAAAAAUUUAGUGAAAUGCAAUUGUGUAGCCAUCGAAAAUGUUGCUAUUUUGCGAUAUUUGUGGCAUUUUACGUAUUUUAUCAUCCAACAGAUAGUGGAGCCGUGUCAAUGACCAGUGAAAAUAUUGAUAUGACUUUAGCCUCUAAUGAAUUGGUGUUUUUGAAUUUUUAUGCCGAAUGGUGUCGAUUUAGUAAUUUAUUAGCACCAAUAUUUAAUGAAGCUGCCGAGAAGAUUGCAGAGGCCUUUCCCGAAUCGGGCAAAGUUGUACUUGGCAAAGUUGAUUGUGAUAAAGAAACAGCAAUAGCUUCACGUUUUCAUAUAACCAAAUAUCCGACCUUGAAAAUAGUCCGGAAUGGUCAGCUAAGUAAACGUGAAUAUCGCGGACAACGUUCAGUUGACGCCUUCGUAGAAUUUGUACGCAAACAAUUAGAGGAUCCAAUUAAGGAGUUUAAAUUAUUAAAGGAACUGGACGAGUUGGAUGUAAAGAAACGUAUUAUCUUUGGGUAUUUUGAUCGUCGCGAUCAACCAGAGUACGAUACAUUCCGUAAAGUAGCCACAAAUUUGAAGGAGGAUUGCGAAUUUCACGUCGGCUUCGGUGAAGUUGUUCAAGCCAUGCACCCACCAGGUACACCAAUUAUUGUAUUUCGUCCGGAUGUGGCUCUGAGUCAUGAAAACGAUGAAACAUACGUGGGUAGUUUAAAAAAUUUCGAUGAAUUGAAAAUAUGGAUACAGGAGAAAUGUGUACCAUUGGUACGUGAAAUAACGUUCGAGAACGCAGAAGAAUUAACCGAAGAAGGCUUACCUUUCUUAAUAUUGUUUCAUCAUCCGGACGAUACUGGAUCAAUUAAAGACUUUAAGGCGGUCAUUGAAACGCAAUUAUUAGAUGAAAAACAAAAUGUGAAUUUCUUGACGGCUGAUGGCAAACGUUUUGCUCAUCCCUUAAAUCAUUUGGGAAAAACGGAAAAAGAUUUGCCAUUAAUUGCUAUCGACUCAUUUAGGCAUAUGUAUUUGUUUACAAAUUUCCGUGAUAUGUAUAUUUCGGGGAAAUUGAAACAAUUUCUACAAGAUCUCUAUAGCGGUAAACUGCAUCGGGAAUUUCACUACGGACCCGAUCCGGUUAGCAAUGAUAAUACCAUAGAAAUGUUACCUAAUACCUCGCCGCCUGAAUCCAGCUUUAAAAAGUUAGGACCGUCAAAGAACCGUUACACUUUGCUGCAAAAAGAUGAAUUGUAAAUAUUCGCCUCUUCUUUCGUUGUAAAUAGAAUUGAAAACCAACGAGAUAAUUUACGUGCUACGUGUGCAGUGUUUUGCCCAUAAGAAUGUGUGCUAUACAAAAUUCCACAAUUUCUCUGAAACCAGUUUUUUAUAAUCAAUGAAAAGAAAAAAAAAAAAAAAAA